CGCCCAGGUGUGACGUAUGGGACUCGGCAGCUUGGUUCUAGUCACGUGAUGGACUAAAUCAAAGUGGUUGCGUGUUUGCUGUUAGCUGUUGACGAAGCUUUUACACAGCAAGGACAGAGCCGCCUCCAUUAAACCAGCACAAGGGCCUGACUGUUUGUGUAUGGUGGAUACAGGGGUGGAUGCAGUCAUGAUGACGUUAUGGUUGACCUUAUUGCUGGCUCUCACUGUCGGAGCUGCCGAGAAUGAACGCUCUCCUGGAACAUAUAUCAUCACCUUUGCCAGAAAGAUCGCCCCGGGAUGGACAGUUCCAAUGAGAGUACAGAUUCUAAAUGCAACACAACCAGUGUCAAUUCAGAUUGCACUUGUCAACCGUACAUCAGACACUAUAAUACAGAGUACAACGAGGUCCUUCUCACAGGGUCAAACGGAAACAGUGGAUUUUCAGAUACCAAAAGACUUGCACCAACCAUGGAGAUGGCGUGAGCUACAGUUCAACUUCACAGGCACUGGCGGCCUGAACUUCAAAUCGUCCGAGACUUGUGAAUUUAAUGAGAAGUCUAAGUCCAUCUUCAUACAGACUGACAAGGCAAUGUAUAAACCCGGGCAAUCAGUAAAAUUCCGGGUUGUGUCGGUCUAUCCUAACCUGAAAGUGGUUCGGGAGCCCGUGGAUAUUGUCAUAUAUGAUUCGAACAAGAACCGUAUCAAACAGUGGCGGGGAGCUACAGAUCCCAGUGGUGUGGUUACUCGCGUCCUCACCACGUCAUCGGAACCAGUUCUUGGGGACUGGACGAUUGCGGUCACUCUUGAUAGAUACAAAGAAAUAAAAACUUUCACCAUUGCCGAAUAUGUGUUGCCCAAAUUUGAGGUGGAGACCGUACUGCCAUCGUACCUGACCUUGAACAUGACGUCUGUGUCGGCCGCUGUCACUGCCAAAUACACACACGGCAAAGGUGUGGACGGAACAGCCAAUAUCCGUGUUCGUUUCUCCUACUACUAUGGGUCAUAUAGCUCCAAGAAAAACCCAUCAAUUCAGAAAAAAGUAACGGUUGUUGAUGGCAAUGGUGACGUUGAAUUUUCUCUUGAUGAGUUGGGUGCCUUGGCCCAUGAAGGAGACACCUAUUCCAGCAAACCUUUGCUCGCAAACGACACCAACCUGCGGUAUCGCCAAAUUGUAGUGGAAGCUAAUGUCACUGAAACACUAACAGGAAAGACGCUUCCUGCCAAGACGACAACCAAGACAUUUCAUGAAAAUAGCAAUAAACUCAGAUUUAUGGAUGUUUGUCCCAAUGUCUUUAAGCCAGGCCUGACAUACCUGUGUGCGUUACAAGUAAGCCAGCAGGACGACAAACUUGUGUCGCCAUCUGAUCUGGAAGACGUUAAUGUAACAAUCACCUAUCAAGUGCUCCUGCCAACCACACCGGCUCCACCUACCACCACAACCACCACUACCACCAGGCCCAAACCUACACCAGACAUGGUGCUGGAAGGUAAUGGAACGACGGGUUCAGGACGCCCUCUACCACCCAUCACUAUGGUUGACCCAGACUUCACACGUGGCCUGCCUGGUUAUUACCCCCGCUACAAGGCAGUUGUGCUCUCCACCAACCUGGUCAAGUUUAACCCCAAAACCGGCCUCGCUGAAAUUAAGGCGAACAUACCAACUGAUGCGGAAAGCAUUACUUUGAAGGCUGAAGGUUUUAACACCCAGGCAUAUAGAUAUGCCAGCAAGAGUCAUUCACCCACUGAUAGUUAUAUUCAGCUCACUGUGCCAAAUGCCGAAACUCGGGUCGGUGACAGCAUGGAAUUCCAGUUAAGAUCCACACAACCCAUAUCUGCCUUUACCUACCAGGUGUUGUCUAGAGGCCGCACUGUUGCUGUACAGGAUGCAUCUGUCCCUACUCCAUCAUCAAGCAACAUCUUCGCCAUACGUAUGACAGCCGAGAUGGCCCCUAACCCUCAGAUUGUUGUGUACUAUAAGCAUGCUGAUGGUGAAAUUGUUGCUGAUGCUAUAUCCAUUAAAGUGGAUGGAACAUUUGAUAACAAUGUGCGUGUCGAGUUUGACCGACGGAGCGUGAAACCUGGAGCAGCAGUGGAUAUGAGAGUGCACGCUGACCCCGACUCUCUGGUGUUCCUCCUGGGUCGGGACAAGAGUGUCCUGCUACUCAAAGACGGAAAUGAUAUUACAGAAGAGAUGGUUUCUCGAGAGCUCAUGUCAUAUGACUAUGGUUCCUACUUUGGGUGGUUUGAUACGUGGUACCGUGGAUGCUGGCUGCCUCGCUCUUCAGGGGGUACUGAUACCAAGGGAGUAUUUUCCGGGGCUAACCUUGCCGUUGUGACCGAUGCCAAUGUGUACGAACAUAAAGAAUACUACAACUAUGGUGGCCUUUACGCAAUGAAUGAUAGAAUGGACUCUGGUGGGAUGGGCCGUCAGUCAGUUGCAGUGCCUGAGCAAGCUAACUUUAAACCUGUAGAGAGAACACGCACUAAUUUCCCGGAAACGUGGAUUUGGACCAUGGUGGUUAUUGGUGCUUCUGGGCAAAGCGACUUAUCAUUGCAAGCUCCUGACACUAUCACAACGUGGAUCACAAGUGCCUUUGCUGUGCAUCCCGGAAAAGGACUCGCUGUCGCUACCCGGACUGCAAAUCUGACAACCGAACGUAAACUUUUCCUGAGAUUAGAGCUCCCGUAUUCUGUUGUUCGCGGAGAAGAGGUGGUACUACAGGCGACAGCAUUCAACUACCAUGACCGAGAUCUGCCCGUUCUCAUAGUUCUGAAACGGAACAAGGACUUCCACAACAUUUUUCUGAGUGCAACAUCUGGUGUUGAAACUGGAAAAGACAUAUACUCAACUCAACAAUCACAUUCUAUUGAUAUACCAGCAGGUGAAGGUCGCGCUGUGUAUUUCGUGAUCAAGCCUAUGGCGAUCGGUGACGUGACACUGGAGGUGGACUUAUUGUCCUGGGUGCCUGGCGAUGGCGUGAGGAGACCCCUGAGAGUGGAGCCUGAAGGAUUGGAGCGCACAGAAAACGAGGCUUGGCUGAUCGAUCUCCGGGGAUCCUCAACGUUCCAGGAAAGCACAUCCGUCGAUUUCCCUCUACAAACCGUCGAGGGGUCACAAAAACUAAGAGUCAGCGUUGCAGGUGACAUUCUCAGUUCUUCUCUGACAAAUAUUGAGAAUCUAGUCAGAAUGCCUGGCGGUUGUGCAGAACAGAACAUGGUGAGAUUUGCCCCAAACAUCUACGUCAUGAAGUACCUGCAGAGAACUCAGCGUUUGACCACACACAUUAAAGACACAAUUGAAACGUAUAUGGAGAAAGGAUACCAACAAGAAUUGCGCUACAAACACAGAGAAGGGUGUUAUUCUACGUUUGGAGAGUCUGCUAUUUACAGUUAUGGUAACAGGAACUGCAGUAUGUGGCUCACAGCGUUUGUAUUGAAGUGCUUUACCCAGGCGUACCCUUGGAUCCCAGACGUCAUAGACACCAACGUGAUGUCUCAAGGCUUACAGUGGGUAGUCGGCCAGCAGGGAGAGGAUGGUAGCUUCCCGGAGGAUGGACACGUUUUCAAUAAGAGAAUGCAGAGUGGUACAGGGGCGGGUGUUGGCCUCACCGCAUAUGUACUCAUAGCUCUCAAGGAGGCACAGGCUGCACAGGUGCAGUGGGCGUCUAAUAACGAGGUCCCAACGGAUAUACUGGGUGGGGAUCGAUCCCCUGGCAAUCCCCCAGCUCCCAGACUACCAGCAUCGGUACUAACGGACAAAAUGCUCUUGGAUUCUGCUAAUAAAGCUGUGCAAUAUUUGGAGUCCCGGUUCGACACCCUGAACACAACUUAUGACAAGAUCCUCGUGGCCUAUGCUCUCGCUCUUGCUGGUAGUAACAGGGCUCUUGAAGCUCAGUCCAUCGUUGAAGCCGCGGCUGUCAAUGACGUAAGCUCUAAACAUUGGAUGGACCCAUCACCGCCUAAACCCACGGGAUACUUCCACUACCGAUGGUAUCGCGACACUGAAGCCAAGAGUAUAGAGAUGACGUCAUAUGCUCUUCUCCUCUACUCUCUGACUAGCAAUGUAACGGAAGGACUCCCUGUCAUGCGGUGGAUCAGUAACCAGAGAAAUGACAGGGGAGGCUUUAUAUCGACACAGGACACGGUUGUAGCCCUUGAAGCGCUGUCAAAGUUUGCUGGUGAUGUGUAUUCACCACAGACAUCCAUCAAUAUUUCUGUCAACAUGCAAGGGUAUUCCAAGAAUUUUUCUAUCAAUUCUGACACAGCCCUCCUACUACAAGCGGGUGAGAUUCCAGUGGCCAAUGUACCCAGUGUGCUGACUCUGACAGCCUCCGGGUCUGGGGUGGCGGUACUACAGGUGCAUAAACAGUAUAACGAGAACACGCCUUCUACCAAUCCCAAGUUUGAAUUACGUGUAGAGAUCCUGGAACAGACAGACAGGAGAUUUGUAUUGAAGACAUGCUUCCGUCAUCUUGAAGCAGGAAGUAGUGGUAUGAGCCUUCUCAACAUUGGAGUACCUACUGGUUUUGACCCGGACCUUAAUGAGAGGCAACAUACUGCAGUCUUUUCCCGCUCCGAGAGAAAUGGAAACACGCUGACACUUUACUUCAACGAAAUUUCGGAUCGCGAGGGAUGUAUAAACACUGUGAUGACCAUGGCUGAUGUUGUGAUUGACUCCCGACCUAGCACGGUUGCCCUUCAGGAAUACUAUGAACCGGAUAAUGUUGUUUCAACUCUUUACCUUCGGAAGGCCACGGAGAUGUGUAGCUUGUGCCCUGGAUGCAGCUUCCGAUGCCAACACAGAGUUCAACCAGUCAUGUAGAUGGCACGUGUCCAUAAUGAAACACGGACAAUGUUGAAAUUGAAACGAACAAGCCCCCACUCGUUACAAGAACACAAUUCCUGUUUCACAUGUAUGUGUAGUUUAAUGAAGAAAGUGUAGUUUCUAACCGCCAUUUGUAAAGGUAGCACAUUCUUCUUAUGCAUUGUGUUAUACUUUUCGUGAUUUUUCCAUGUUUUUCAUUAAGCAGAAUAACCUCCUGUGUGUUAUGUUAUGUUAGUUAUGUUUUGUAUAACAGAAUGUAACAAAGUAGGGCCACAGUUCAAUAUUUAAUAUAAACAAAUAUAUUGCCACAUGUAUUACAGAUAAUUUGGGAAGCACUAUCCGACACGUUGUUGUUACAUGCAAUAAACGAGGGUAGGUGGUUAUUUAGGGAUAUACUAUAUGCACACAUUAAAUGGACAUUUGUGAUAGAAGAAAUCGGAGUGUGCAAAAGACAUAAGUGCACCUUAGUCAAUGAAAUCCAUCAAAAUAUCUGUGUGUAAGCACCCAUUAUGUUCUGUAUAUAUAUUUCAACUUUCGAAAACCUUUCUAUUAUUGCCUUUUUAAAGUUAGUUGAAAAAACGUCAUAUUGAUAUCUCAUGUGAACAAGGCUACGUGUCGUGUGUUAGCACUGCAAAGCCUUCAUAAUCGAUCAUCGAUGAUGCAUUGUAUUUAUCAGUGACAUGUUCAUUUCUCAGAUUUAUGUUUGACAAUGAACAAACCAUUACAUUACAUUUCUUUUGUAACGAAUAGUAAAAUAUCUUUGUUAGAAUGUAUCGGAUUAUACAAACAACCUGACUCCUGUCAUCCAUCUCUUGAUAAUAGUAUUUUUUACGGUAUACAGCUAUCUCCUAAUUGUGCUUGUCAGUUGAUAUUUUCAAAGAUAGAGUUAGUACUACUCCUUAAAGUAGGUUUGUUAUAAAUUUGAAUUUUAACUUUGCAUCAGUUAUAACAAGAUUCCAAAGUGUAUUAAAUGUUUCAUACAGACUUAUUAUGUAAUGUCCUUUUUUCCUCCAAGAAAUAAAUAUUUUCGAACGUCA